GAGAGAGAGAUCUUGGGUAUGAGAUAUAUGCUGUAUUGAUGGUAGACUCGAGAAAAGUAGAGCCCUGUCUUUAUUAGACAAAUAAAAAAAGUAAACCUAGUAAUGUCUCAGGAAGCCUCUCACCACAAAAUCCCUUAUAAAUUUCUCAUUCAGUAGCUCAAUCUCACCUUACAGUUCUUUCUUGACUCUCGGUUCUCUCUUUUUCUGCCAUAUAUUUCUCUGUAUUUUGUGCUAGUGAAACUUCGUAGACAAGCAACAAUGGUGUCCAAGAAGCCAAGAAUUGUUAUAAUUGGAGCAGGAAUGGCUGGACUUACAGCUGCAAAUAAGCUCUACACUACCACUGGCUUUAAAGACAUGUUUGAGCUGUGUGUUGUGGAAGGUGGGAGAAGAAUUGGUGGCAGAAUUAACACUUCUGAGUUUGGUGGUGACCGGAUUGAGAUGGGCGCAACUUGGAUCCAUGGCAUUGGAGGCAGCCCACUUCACCAAAUUGCUCGAGAAAUCCAUGCACUAGAGUCUGAGCAGCCAUGGGAAUGCAUGGAUGGGUGCUCUGAAGAGCCUACCACCAUUGCUGAGGGCGGGUUUGAGCUAAAUCCCUCUAUUGUCCAGCCUGUGACAACCCUCUUCAAAAACCUGAUGGAUUAUGCUCAGGGGAAGAUGAUUGAAGACAGUGAAGGAUUUGAUUACUCUAACCUUGCAGCCAAGGUUUUCAAGAUUUGUACAAACAAUGGUGGGCAAGAAAAGCUGAGUGUCGCUUCUUUUCUACGACAAGGCCUAAAUGCUUAUUGGGUUUCUAAAAAGGACCAGGGAGAGCUCAAAGGGUAUGGUAACUGGAGCAGAAGGCUGCUUGAAGAAGCAAUAUUUGGAAUUCAUGAGAACAUCGAGAGGACUUACACAUCGGCUGGUAAUCUUUUAACUUUAGAUUAUAGUGCAGAAAGCGAAUAUCGUAUGUUUCCUGGUGAAGAAAUCACCAUUGCCAAAGGCUACUUGAACAUUAUCGAAUCUCUAGCUUCUGUUCUACCACCCGGUUUAGUCAAAUUAGGCCGAAAGGUCACCAGAAUUGAAUGGCAGCCCGAAGGCCAUGAAUCAUCAGACAAGCAAAAUGGUCAUGCUGCUAGGCCCGUGAAGCUGCAGUUCAAUGAUGGCUCGAAUAUGUUGGCUGAUCAUGUUAUUGUCACGGUUUCAUUGGGAGUACUUAAAGCCGGAAUUCGUGAAGAUUCAGGUAUGUUCAACCCUCCCCUGCCUCCAUUUAAGUCUGAGGCCAUAUCAAGGCUCGGUUAUGGUGUUGUCAACAAGUUGUUUCUGCAAGUGGAGUGCCAUGAUUUGAGCAAGUUUCCAUUUCUCCAAAUGGUUUUCCAUCGUCCCGACUCGGAAUUCCGGCAUAAAAAGAUACCCUGGUGGAUGAGGAGGACAGCUAAUCUGUGCCCAAUUUACAGCAAUUCGAGUGUCCUGCUAUCUUGGUUUGCAGGGCAAGAAGCAUUAGAGCUUGAAUCACUUCAAGAUGAACAGAUCAUUGAUGGGGUUUCAGCAACACUUUCUAGCUUUCUAUCACAACCCUACAAGCAAGUGAACUCAAACUCCCAUGAACUAUGCAAUGGGAAUGGGAAAUCUGUGGAAAACAUCCAUGGAAAUGAAGUGAAAGUCACAAAGAUAUUGAGAAGCCGAUGGGGUACUGAUCCUUUAUUCUUGGGAUCUUAUAGUUAUGUUGCGGUUGGGUCAAGUGGCGAUGAUUUGGAUAAGAUGGCUGAGCCAUUGCCAAAACAAAGCAGUGCUGCUUCCCCUCCACCACUUCAAAUUCUGUUUGCAGGAGAGGCAACGCAUAGAACCCACUAUUCUACAACUCAUGGAGCUUACUUAAGUGGUCUUAGGGAGGCCAAUAGGCUUCUUCAACAUUAUCACUGUGUUGGGGUUUAGGUUUAGGAAAAUUAGUAGUUUAUCUUCUUCUUCUUCUUUUCUUUAAUGAACAUUUGUUUCUAUAAUAUUACUCUCAAUUUCAUCUAAAGCAUCCAUCUGUUUCUUUAAAGCGUUUAAGAGUGGGAAGAAAAGAAAGAAUGUUUAUGAAGGAAGAAAGAGAGAGAGAGAGAGAGAGAGAGAGGAGGGAUUAUAUUUAGAUGUAUUGCAAGAAUUAAAGAACUUCCUUGCAUUUUUAUUUUUA